AUGAAAAUACCUCUUAAUACUCUUGAGUAGCCAAAAGAAAUCGACCGUCGUGUAAUUUCUUUCAAUUUAAAUUUAGAUCUUGGCAUCAAUCUUAACAAGCCCUCACUUCUUGGAAGAGUUGCUUUAAUUAGUGAAUGACAAGAGUAAUGUUAUCCACAAAUUAUCUUUGGGAUCAUUAACUUUACUUAUGGAUAAAUUAGAUGAUUAUAUAGAAAAUAUGGCUUAACAAGUAUAAUAAAACUCUAGGCAUGAUUGUUCGUAAUUGUUAAAUCUCAUUAAUAGUUUAAUGGAAUAUGAAUGUUAUAGGUAAUUAUUUUAAAAAAUUUUGAUAGAAAAUUGUUUAAUUCAUUAGAACAUCUGUUAAGCAUAGUGGAGCAUACAGAUAAUUUAUAAAAUUAUGAGACUAUUAUGAACAUUCUGAUCAAAAUCUGUGAUUAAGCAAUAAAUAUAAACAAUCCUUAAUAGAAAGAAAUUUGCAAUUAAUAAUUAAGAGAUAAUAUUCCUAGAUUGAUUUAUCUGAAUAGAUUUCUCUUUGAUCAUAAUAAUACUCUUUCAUCUACUAAACUUGAAUUGAUUGAUUAUUAUCAUGAUGAUCCAAAUUAUUUUGCCAUUACAGAUAAUCCAAUUUAAUUUCCUUAAUUACAAUUUGAAUAUGUAGAGCCAACUAUUUUAGAUGAAUCCUAUGCAGAUUUAUGUAAAAAUGGUGUUCAUAAGAAAGAAUUACAGCAUUAAACAUCAAUUAAAGUAUAAUAUAUUUAUUUAAUAUAUUUAGAAUUUUAAUAUUUAAGAUGAUAAAUCUAUGUCUGCUCUACUUUUAGCUAAAACAAUCUUAGAUUAGAAAGAUAUGCCUUUAACUCCAUUAGUAGAAGCAGUAAAAUAUAGAAUUUUAAUUUACAGAGGUUUAUCUGAAAAUAAAAUUGAAACAAAUACAUUAGUAAUAGGUAUGCACAUUUUAUCACUUGAAAUGAAUAUGUUAUUAGAUGCUUUCUGUUCAACUCAUGAUUGUGCUUUCUUGUUAGAUUAAGUAUUUAUUGAGAAAAUUGAAUAUGAAUAAUACUUCAGUAUUUAUACUAAACUAUUUUAAUUGAAAACUGUAUAACCUAAAUUACUUGUAACUAUAUUAUCAACUUUGGAUGAAAUAUUAAUUACAGAAAGAUAAUAAGAUAAUGAAAUUGCAUUAAAUACAGCUAAAAAUUAUGAUGAAACUUUUUUACAAUUAAUUUAUGAUGUUUUAUCAAUGUAACCACAUUAAAUUGAAAUUGAAUCAAGUUAUCCAUUAAAAUAUAAUGGAUAAUUAUUAAAUGAAUAAUGUGCUAAAGAUGAAGAAGUUGCUUGUGGUAUAUUCAAAUUAUUUUCAUCUGAAUCUGGAGUAUUAUUAUUAAGUCGUAGCAAUAUAGCACUUGGAUCAUCAUAAGCUUUAAUUAGAACACUCCUUAUUUAAGAUAAUAAAUCAUUUUUGCCUCCUGAAAUCCUUAAAGCAGGAAUUGGAAUGUUAGGAAGAUUGUCUAGAAAAGAAGAUUUAUAAAGAGACCUUAAAAUAUUUAAUGAUUUAAUUAAAGUAGUUGAAAACCUCAUUUCUAUAGGACCUAAUCUUAUCAAACCUACAGAAUAAGGAUUUUAACAAGUUACUUUUGAUGAAACUGAUUCUAUUAUUUCAUUUUCUAUCUAGAGUAUUAAUGAACAUUUCAAAGACGAUCUUGGAAGAAGAUAUAAUAGAGCUAAUGCACCUACAAUCGCAAGAAAAGUAUCAGAAACUUAAAUCAUUAAAAAACUAUAAAAUUUGUUAUAAGACAGUAGAUAUACUCUUAUAAUACAAUAAACACUCAUUUUGAUUUCACAUCUUGCAAAUGAGGUUCCUACUCUUAUUGGAAGAUUAAUAGAUUCUCAAUUACCAUAAUAAUUAAAUUCUAUAAUACAGAAUCUAAAUGAUACUUAAAUUAAUAAUAAAAUGGUUAAUGCUAUAUUUUAAUUCUAUUUUAAUGUUUCAUUAAAAGAAGAAGGAUAUGAUCAAUUUAAUACUUUUGGCUUAUAAUUCAUGCAAAAAAUUCUUGAUUAUUGUUUAAUUUAAACUAAUGGACCUAAAGAAAUAUUAACAUCUGUAGGAUAGAACAUUGCUAAAUAUUUACAAAAAAUUGAUAAGGUAGCUCCAUAGGUAAUUAAUAUAUUAAACAUUGGAUUGGAAAGACUUUAUAAUUAUUUAAUUGAUAAGAGAAAUAAUUUAAAAGAAGACACAUAUUAAUAAUAUUAUGAAAUUAUUACUAAAAUCUCAAAUCUAUCAAUUUUAGUUUUCAAAAUGAUUCAUAAUUUACAUCCAUCUUAAUAAGCUGAAAUGAAUGCCAAAGGAUUUUUUGAAAAAUUACUAUUGUUUUUUGAAUUUCCUACUUUUGAUUAUAAAAUUGACUUAACUAAAGUAUUUAGAUUAUUUGCCUAAUUAGAUGAAUUUGAUAAUCCAUUUAAAGCAUUAUCUAAAGUAUUUGUCUCAAUUUCUAAAUUGGAGAGUAAAUUAGGUUGUAACUUAGAAAAUUCAAAUAUUUUAAUUGAUGAAUCAUUUUAUAGCUCUGAGAAAUUCUUUCUUACAUGUUCUUUAGACUAAUUAUAAUAGAAAUUAGAAUUUGUUUCAUAUUAUUCUUAGACUGAGUAACUUAUGGAAGUAUUAAAACACUAUUUAAUGAAUGGUUAAAUCAGAUAUGAAUAAUAGGGAAUAGGAAAAUUAUUAAAUAAGAGUUGUUCCUUACUUUUAAUAUUAAUAAGAUCUAUUAAGUAUGGGUAAGAUUAGAAGAUGGAUUAAGCUUUCAAAAAAUCUGUUUUCUAUUAAUUUAUAUAAUUAUUAAAGGUCAUUAUAAUUAAUUCAUAUAGAAUUACAAGAAGAAUUAAUAAUGAAUUACAACCACUUAGCAAUUUAUUUUGUUAAUUAAGUUAAAAUUUAAGGAAUGAAAAUAUUCAAGUAAUUUAAUUGCAUUCUUAUUUAAUUAAUGAUUUAUUAAACAAUCUAGUUGAAGGUAAAAAGUAUGCAGAUUUUCAGAAUUUGCAUCCAGAUUUUUUAAGUCUUUUAAUAAAUUCUGAUUUUUUAGAGAAUCUAAAAUCAGGAAUUAGUUCAUUUAUAUAAUUGGUUGGUUAGAAAAGUAAUAUUGAAUCUAUAGAUUUACUUGGUUGGUAAUAUGCAAAUAUUAUAAAAUUAAUAUAUCUUAACAAAAUAGAUUAAAGCAAGAAAAUGUAAGGAUACCUAUUGAUUCCAAAAUAAAUUGAAGAAAUAUAAAAUCUACUUACAAUUACCUAAUGUUUAUCAGAUGAUCCUAUAUAUACAAUUUAAGAAUAGUUACUUAAUAAAGCAAUAUUUAUUUUCAGACCUUCAUUUUUAUAAGAUUUAAUAUGGAAAGAUAAAGAUAACUUUUUCUAAAAAACUUAUUAAGUCUUAAGAGAUGAAAAUGGAGGUGAAGUAGAUAUACUUUAGUAAGAUCCAAAUGAAGUGAGAACAAAACUUAGAGAUAUGGGUUAUCAAGAAGAUGUAAUAACAAUUGCAUUAUAAAAUAAUGAUAUUUAUGAUGUGACAAGACUUACUGAUUGGAUAUAUGAAAAUUUAGAUCUAAUUGAAGAAUAGAAAAUCAAAAUGAUGGAAAUUCAAAAAAAUGAACCAUCCUUAGAAGUCAUUACAUAACAAAUUCAUAAUAAAUAAAAAAAUCUUAAAUAAUAUAUCUAAACAAAUAUGUUAUAUUUUAGUAAAUUUGAAGAAAGUAUCUUCUAAUUAUUGGAAGGAUAGAUUAUGCCUUCAUUAUUAAAAUGUUUAAAAUAGGUUGUAUAUGAAUAAUUCAAAAUUUAACUAAAAUUCAAAGAUUGUGAACCUGAAAUCAAACCUCCAUCCACUGAUAAUAUGAAAGUAAUUAUUACAAUUUUGCAUUUUAUAUACAAAUAAAAAAAUCUUGUUGAAGAAUAUGAAAGCAUUGUAACUGAAUUAAUGAAAUUGGCUUAGGAAAUAAUGAAAUAAUAGGAUGAUCUAAGCCUAAAAGCUAUAAAUCAUAUUUUAGCAAUCUUAACACUUUUUAUUACUGAUGACUAAAAGAAGAAAAAAAAUCAUCAUGACACAGUAAAUGAUAUCCUUUUGGGAGUGAUUAACAUCUUAAAAGGCAAAGUUCAAAAUCAUACAACUUCAAAAAUUUGUAUUGAAAUUCUAGUUAGAGCAUUUUAAGUAAACAAAGAUAAUGUUUAAAAAUUUGUCUCCCAAAUGAGAGGAUUGGAAUAUCUGAUUAGAAUUAAAGGAGAUUCACAAAAUCAUAUGUUCCCCUUGACUAAAUUAGUACUUUCAAUUGUUCAUGAUAAGAGUUUAGUAAUUGCUUAGAUUGAAGCAAAAAUUAAAAAGUUACUAUAUAAUUAAGAAUAUAAUAAAGAAAUUGAAAAUAUCAAUAAACAAUAAUAAUAACCUUAAUCAUAGGUUCCAUAAUAACAUUAAACUCAUUAUCCUAUUUGCUUUUAACCAAUUUAUUAUAAUGUUCCUAUAACAAAUGACAUAAAGAUUGCCUCUAAUCACCCAGCAUUAUUAACUAUAUAAAAUCAUACAUUUUUUAAAGAUGAAGUAAAAGAGGUCAUGUCUCAUUUAUUUGAAGAUGGAGAAACAAUUGAUGGAGUUAAGUAUUUAAAUCUAAGAAAAGGUUGUUCAUUACACACUUUUGAUUGUGUUUAACCUACUAGUUUUUAAAAGCACAAAGAACCUGAAACAGCAAAAAAAAGUAAAUAGAUCUAAAAAAAGAAGAAAAGCGAAGAUAAACUAUAAUUGCAAUCUAACUUUUAGCAUACUUAAGAAGCAUAAAUUUUAAUCAAAUUAUUAAUAUAAUAGAUGAUAAGCUCAUUUUUUGAAAAUGAAUAAUAUCAAUAUCAUUGGUAUACUAUUACUUAAGUAUUAUAAAUAAUGAUUAGACGUUAUCCUGUUUUAAUACCAAAAUUAGUAAGAGUAAAUUGUAGUAAAUUAUUAAAGCCUUAUUAAAAAUAAUUAAGUACAGAUUAUCAAGAUCUAGAAUUACCUAGAAAAAUCUCUUUUCUUACUCUUAUUACUAGAAUAAUGACUCCUGCAAAGAAUCUACUAUUUGAAUUAUGUUUAGAUAAUGUCUUAUUAUAUUAAAUGACUAAUAAUAAUAUAGUUCCAUUUUCAAAUGAAACAAGAAGAAAAAUUGUUAAUGAAUUAUAUGAUGGCAUUGAAAAAAGAAUUAAGUUAUUUGAUUCAAUUGUUUGUUAAUACUCAUAUACUUUGAUACGUUUGUUAUAGAUAAAGUCUGUGGCAAAGAUUUGCUAUAGAAAUAUUCAUGAUACAGCUAAUUCAUUUAACUUUAUUAAAUUAUAUAUGGAUGGUAUGAAGAGCUUUGAGUUAAAGUCAUAUUAUAUUUAUGAAAAAGAAUUACAAUUCAUUACAGAAACCCUAGCAGUUCUUUUCAAUAUGGCUAUUUAUCUUUUAUUUUAUAAGCCUACCCCAAUUAUUAUUUCUAAAUAACAAUAAGAAUAAUAUGGAGAUCAUUUUCAAUUACAAGGUAUGAUAGGAUAAUUGUUACCAGAAGAAAUCAAUUCCCAAUUAGUACCAAAUAAAAGUAUUUUAUAUCAAGAUUCAAUCAAAUAUUUCUAAAAAUGGCCACUAUUACCCAUUUCAUUUUUAGAAGAAUUGAAUUAAAAUUAAUAACAUGAAGAGUUAGAAUUUUAAUAGUUCUUAUCUCCUUUUAGAAGAAGAAAUAGACUUGUGAAUGUUGAAUUGAUUGCAAAUAUUGAUGAAGAUGAUGGUAUGUUAGAAUUAGAAUAUGAUGAUAAUGAUAUGUAAAGUGAAUAAAGUGGAGACUCUCAUAAUUCUCAUGAAUCAGCUCCAGAGGAUCUUGAAGAGGAAAAUAGUUGGGUAUCUAGUUAAAGUGGAAAUAAUUAAAUAGAAGCUGAGGAAGCAUAGAAUUCUUCAUCAAGUUGGACUGAUGAAGAAGAUGAAGAUGAAGAUAAUGACUAAUAAGAGGAAGGAAGUGAAUAAGAAGAAUAGGAAGAAGAAAAUGCUUUAAAUAGUGAUUUAUAAAGUGAUAAUGAAGAAGAUAUUGAUUAAGAAGAAGAUGAAGAAGAACAUGAUGAAGAUUAAGAAGAAGGGAUUAUUGAUUAAGCAAAUGAUGGAUUUGAAUAAGAAGUUUAAAAUAAUGAAAUUUCAGAAGAAAAUAUUGAAGUCACAAAACAAUUUCAUCAUCUUACUAGUAGAGAAGAUUAGGCAUUUGCUAAAAUGACUAAAUCUAUUACUCAAUUAAUUGGCAUUCAAUUUCCAUAAUAAUUUGCCAAAAUUUUAGAUAAAUUAGUUCAUUCUCUACCAAAAUUGAAUUCUCCUGAUGAUUCUCAACCAAUUAAUUGGUGGACAGAAUUAACACAAUAUAUCUAAAAAUCAUUCUAAUUUGAUGAGAGAUCAUACGGAUAAGAUUUAAGAAUGCAACCACUUUUUAGAGAUAAUAGAUUCAGUACUGAAAUCUUUAGAAUUGAUUAAAAUGAUAGGAUCAUUAACAGAUUUUAAGCAGCAAGAUUUGAUUUAAUUGAUAGAUAAGAAAGAAAUGAAUAGCUUAGAUAAGAUAGAAUCAGAUCUUUAUAAUUUAGAAAUAGACGAGAAGAAUAAUAACUUGAAUUACAACUUUAAUAAUAACUUUAACCAUAAGCUAAUAUACAUUAAUAACAGUAAUAAAAUUUGUAACAUCACAACAGAGAGUAAUAAUUUAUGCGAUUGUUCAAUUGGAAUUAAAUGUAAUAAAGUUUAUAACAACCACAAUAAUAACUACCUAAUAUAGCUUCUUUAUAAUAAACCUCUUUGAAUUUAUAAAACAUAUAAGAUUAAUUAUAAUAAUCUUUCUUGAACUUAUUAAAUACUAGUUAAAGCUUAUAGUAAUUCUAAUUAUAAUAAUAAGAGCAACAAUAAUAAUAGUAAUAGUAAUAGUAAUAGUAAUAGUAACAAUAAUAAUAAUAGUAAUAGUAAGAGUAAUAGCAAUAGUAAUAGUAACAAUAAUAAUAAAUUUAAUAAUAGUUAGAUUAAUAAUAACUUUAACAACAAAUAUAAUUUGAAGAGCCAUAAUUUAAUGUACCAGAAGUAAUGUAAAUAGAACCAUAAGUUUAAAAAUCUGAAUAAUAAUAAUAAUAAUAAUGCAUGCAAACAGAAGAAUAACCUUAAAAAGUAGAAUAAACAAAUUUAAAUAUUUAAUAAUAAUCAUAAUAGUAAAAUUUAGAAUAACUUUAUCCAAAUACUUUCAAUUUUUUAUAAAGAGUAGGAAAAUCUUUUGAUGAUCUACUAAACAACAAUAUUGAUCCCUCAGUAUUUGAAGAUUUAUCAGAAGAUAUGAUGGCUGAUAUAAUUUCUACUAUCCCAGAUAAUAAAGAAAUUAAUAAUAUUGAAGGAAUAGAUCCAUAAUUCUUAUAAUCAUUACCCCCAGAAAUUAGAAGAGAAAUUUAUUAAUAAUAUGUAUAACCUCCUUAAACUCAACCUUAAUAAUUAUCAGACUUGGAUCAAUUAAUCGCCUUAAUUAAUUAAACUCCUUAUGAUGAUAGAGAAGAAAUGUAUUUGUAAAUAAGUGCUGAAUAAGUCAGAAAUCUACCAUAAGACUUAAGAUAGGAAGCUACUUAUAUAAGAGAACGAGCUGAUUAAAGAGCCAUAGAAUAGACAGAAAGAUAAUUGUACUAUUAAAUUGAUCCGUAGUAAUAAUAUUAACGUAAUCCUAAUCCACAACCCUAAUAAUAAAGAAAAGAAAAUCAAAAGUCUUUGAAUUUGAAAAACUUACUCUAAACUUAAAGACAUUUGGUUUAAAAAUUAGGAAAUGUGGAUGAUGAAUUUGCAGAAUCUCUACUUAGAUUACUUUAUGUUGAAUCACAUAGCUUUAUGAAUUUUCCAAUUAAUCUAUUCAUUGCUUUGACAAACAAUCCAAAUGUGGAAUAUAAGUUGAUUGACGCUUUAUUCUUCAUUCUUAAGAAUCAUAAUCAUAGAAUAGAUUAGAGUGAAUUCCCUCCAUAAAUAUUAAUAAGAAGAAAUGGAUUAAUUAGAGAUUAAAGAAAGAUAUAUGAGAUAGUUUCAUUAAAGAUUUUGUAUUUAAUUUCAAAAUUGCAGGGUCCAUCAAUAAAGUAUUUCUUUGAAACAAAAAAAUAAGGAUAAUUGUAAUCAAUAGCCAGAUUGUCAGAAGGUACUUAGAAUCUUCCAUUGUUAUAAUUAAUUCAGCUUUUACCUAUGUUUAAGGGUGAUCAUCAAGAAUUAUUGAUAUAAGCCAUAUCAAAUAUUACAACAAAGUAGAAGGAUUUUAAAUAAGAUUAAUUAAAUUUAGAUUAAAAAUCUGUAGAAUGUGUUUGUACAAUAUUAUUGCAAAAUAUGAAUAGAAGUGUUAAAAGCUUUUCUCAUAUUAUCUUAAAUCUUAGUAAUAAUAAAGAGAACCAAUAAUUGAUAAUAAAAUAUAUAAAGGAAUUUAUUUAAAAAAUAACCAGAGAAAUAAAUAAUAAUUUUGCCAAACAAUGUUAAUAUGAUGAGAUCUUUACUGCAGAUAAAGUUUUGAUAAAUGUAUUUUAAUUUGUUAGAGAAAUGAAUGAUAAAAUUGGUGAGAAUAAUGACCAACAAGAUACAAGAAGUAAUUUCAAGGAAUUAUUAGAAGAUUAAGGUUUAGUAUAAUUAUGGAGAAAUUUGAUAAAAUUAUUAUAAGACAUUCCAUAAGAAAAAUUAGCAAAAUUAAGUACUAAAAUAUCUCCAUAUUUGGAAUGCUUUUUCAUUAUAUAUUAAUUAGUUAAUCCUAUUAGAAAGAACAAAAACAUUUAGAGAGAACCAACAAAGAUUGCUAGUAUGGAAGGUCAAUAACAAGAGGUUUAAGAAUAAUAAUUGCAUGAUGAAUUAUUCUAAUAGAUUUGCGAGAGUGGCAAGGUUCUAUUGAAUAUGAUGAUUAGAGAAAGAUUGUAAGAAUUGAGAGAGAAAGGCAAAAUAGUUAAUGAUUCUUUAGGAGUUAUAAUAUUUAAGAAUCCUAGAAUAGUAGAUUUUGAUAAUAAAUAGAAAUAUUUCAAAAUGGAAUUGAAAUAAUUGAAAAUGUAAAACAACAGACAUCAUUAUGGAAAUGUAAAUAUAAGAUGUAGAAGAAAGGAUAUAUUUAUGGAUUCUUAUCAUCGUAUAAGUAAAUUAAAACCAGAAGAAUUAAAAGGUAAAUUACAUGUAGAAUUUGAUGGAGAAGAAGGUAUUGAUGCAGGUGGAGUCUCUAGAGAAUGGUUUUUAAUGCUUUCAAAAGAGAUUUUCAAUCCUAAUUAUGCUCUCUUUACUCCAUCAUUAAAUGGACAAAUGUUUUAACCAAGCAAUAAAUCUCAUGUGAAUCCAGACCAUGUUAAAUAUUUUAAAUUUAUUGGAAGAAUUGUAGGUAAAGCAUUAUAUGAUGGAUAAUUAUUGGAUACAUAUUUUACUAGAUCAUUUUAUAAACAUAUUUUGGGUUAGAAAUUAACAAUUCAUGAUAUGGAAGAUAUUGAUUUAAAUGAAUAUAAUAGUAUGAAGAAAAUUUUGGAAUAAAAUGUUACAGAUUGGGGAAUCUAUUGGACAUAUAAUGUUGAUCAUUUUGGUAAACUUGAAGAAAGAGAACUAAUUGAAGGAGGAAAAACUAAAUUAGUAACUGAAGAAAAUAAAUUGGAGUAUGUUCAAACUUAUUGCUAUUAAAAAAUGGCUAAAGAAAUUAAAGAUUAAAUUGAGGCAUUUUUAAAUGGAUUCCAUGAAUUGAUACCAUAAUCAUUAGUAAGCAUUUUUGAAUGGAAAGAGAUGGAAUUAAUGUUAUGUGGUCUACCUGAUAUUGAUCGUAAAUUUAUUUUAUUUAUUAUUUUAGUUGAGGAUAUGAAAGAGAACAUUGAAUUUCAUGGUUAUGAUAAAGGAGAUAAAGUGAUUUAAUGGUUAUGGGAAUUGUUGGAGAGUUUUGAUAAGAGUAAAAGAGCAGCAUUCUUAUAAUUUGUAACAGGUAUUUCAUAAAUCUAUCAUCAUUUUAGGUACUUCUAAAGUUCCUUUAGGCGGUUUCAAAGAAUUAAAAGGAAUGCAUGGCCCUUAAAAAAUAUAAAUACAUAAAAAACCUUAUGUCAAUUUUGAAUUACCUACUUCACACACAUGGUAAAUAUUAAUUCUAUAUAAUUUAGCUUUAAUUAAUUAGACUUACCUGAUUAUCCAGCUAGAUAAAUUUUAAAGGAGAAAUUAGAGUUGGCUAUUAUGGAAGGUAAAGAAGGUUUUGGUUUUGCUUGAUAAAAAAUAUUUC